AUGCCUCCCUCCGGCCCUACCGUAGGCGGGUCCUCCAGGUCCUUCAAGCCCAAGGCCUCGGAGAUCGCGCACGAGACCAGACGGACUAUCAUCCCACUUAUCAAGAGCAAGUAUGCGGACCGCUGGAAGACCUACUCCUACUACUACCAGCAGCCCAUGUCGCAAAUCACCCUGCCACCACCUGAGUACUUGGUGGAGCCCACGCCAUUCGCCGUCUUUGUUGGCGAUCCCGUCAACUACGCGCUUCACUGGAUGGAGGCCCAGAACCCCUCGACCCGCGUGGCCCUCAUCUGCGCUGCCAACGAGAAGAGGGCGGGCGGGGACUGGGUUACUGGGGUCGCGGGCUACGAAGAGAGGCUAUGUCGCCGCAGCACGUUGUCUGCUACCCUCGAGACUCCGGGCCCCGGCUCGCCAACUCCGGAGGCCUUCCCCAUGUCCACAAGCGGAGGGAUAUUCAGCGAGAACGUUGUCGUAUUCCGGACAGAAAAGGACCGGUCAGAGCCAAUGGACGAGGAGCUGUGGCGCGACCUGCCCGUGUGCUCCGUGCCGCCCGUGCGCUGGCCCAAAGUGAACAUCAACAGUGGCUGGCUACAGUACUCGUUCGCCGACGAGCGGGGCAUGAUGCGGGACAAGAUCAUGGGCGCGCUCGCCAUCUGCCUGGCCAACGGCAUCGCAAACAUCGUCGUCGGCGACUUCGGGCUCGGCAACGGGUACCGCAACCCGCCCUACGAGGCCGCCGCCAUGUGGCACGAGGUCGUCAACGGCGACCCGGCCAUCCGGGGCCGCAUCCACAACAUCGCCUUCAUCUUCGAGGACGGCUGCCAGAGCACUCAGCGCCUCAUCCUCGACGACAUUGCCAAGAAGCAGCGCAGGGGCGGCGGCAGCCUCACCCCCUUCCUGGCCGCCGCCCUCGCCGAGGAGCCCCUCUCAGACUUUGAGCUGUUUCGCCAGUACUUUGUGCCAUCCCAGUAA